ACCAGAGCAGACCAGGAGCGGGACCAGGACCAUGUCCCGGGCUGAGCAACGCGACGAGGCGGACUGCGUGUGUUCGGUGGGCAUGAAGCUGACGUGGGACAUCAACGACCCCAAACUGCCCCAGGACCUGCGACAGUUUGACCCGUUCCAGGAGUGGACCGAUGGUUAUGUCCGCUACAUCUACAGCGCUGAUGAUAAGAAUGCUCAGCGACAUCUUUCCGGCUGGGCCAUGAGGAACACCAACAACCACAACUGUCAGAUCCUGAAGAAGUCCUGUUUGGGCGUGGUGGUUUGUUCCCGAGGCUGCACGCUACCCGAUGGAUCCAGACUGCAGCUCCGCCCUGCCAUCUGCGACAAGGCCCGACAGAAACAGCAGAAGAAGCUGUGUCCGAGCUGCAACGCUGCUCUGGAGCUGCUGCCAUGCCGCGGUCACAGUGGUUACCCUGUUACCAACUUCUGGAGAGUGGAUGGAAAGGCCAUCUUCUUCCAGGCUAAAGGGGUCCAUGAUCAUCAAAGACCAGAAUCCAAAUCUGAAACUGAAGCCAGAAGAAGUUCCAUAAAGAGACGAGUCAGCUCACCUCCAUACACGCCCAAAAGACGCCUCAUUGAAACUCAGGCUUUAGGCCCCGCCCUCCUCUGUGUGGAACCAACAGACAGGAUUUCGUUUAUUGAGCCAAACUUCUCACAGCAUUACCCAGCUUUCCAAAGCCCAGAGCCCUACUACAACCCCCACAAUGCACUGGGAGAGACCCCACCCACCCUCCAGAAACCAGCCAAUACCAGACUGUACAUGAGCCGACCAGGCUACGAGUUCCAAGGAUACUUAACCUCCCCGUCAUACCCUGUGACCCCUGACCUCUGUGACCCCAGGGUGGCACCAGUCCUGGGUUCCUCCUCCACCCCAUCUUCUUCAUCUGCUCCUCUUUCUUCAUCCUCUUCCUCACCCUCCUUUGACCCUCAGAUGAAGCCCCCUCCAGUCUGGAAGGACCUGCUGAAGACCCCCACCCCUUAUGGAGACAACCACCAUUAUUACAGCACUGAGUACCCCUGCCGCUACCCAAGCAACCCCCCAGGAUCUCCUGCAGCUCUGCAGACCAUCAUCACCACAACAACCAAGGUCUCCUACCAGCCCUGUCCUAAGCCUCCUGCAGCCCUGCCUCCCUACCAGCCAUGUCCGAAACCUCUGACUGGCCUCCCAUCCUAUCAGCCUUGUGCUGCUCCGAAGCCCCCGGGCCUCCCUACCUGCUCCUCCCUCCUGGAUGAUGCCCACUCCUCUACGUACUCCACCGAAGUGAAGGUGAUGGAGGAGUCAGGUGGAGUCAUCAAGUCUCUGUCGUUUCCUCCUGAACCGUUGCAGACCAAAACAGAGCGAGCAGACAGCUACGACUACCACUACGCCUACCCUAAUACGUAUCGCUAUGACGAUUACUGACUCAGUGCUCUGUUACCAUGACAACAGCAGCCAAUGGCAAAACCAUCCAUAGAGAGCUGAGGGUCAUCCAGGUCGAGCACACAUGGACUACUGAGGAGCCGUGGGAGUCACUGAGCGUGUUCAACAAAUAAACUACUUUUAUGUUUGACCUUUGACCUAGAUGAGCUUCAGUCAGGCCACAAGUGAUCACAUGUAAAAACACCUCAGGUGAUCAGUGGCCUGAACAGGUUUUAAUGGCGAGGAGAACAGAUGAAGGAAACUGGUCCA